AUGAAAAUAACCUGUAUAGGAGCUGGCUACGUAGGUGGACCUACCAUGGCGAUGAUUGCGAAUCGUUGCCCAGACAUCACUGUAACCGUGGUGGAUAUUAAUGAAGAGCGGAUUGCUGCUUGGAAUGAUGACGAUCUGUCCAAUUUACCCGUUUUCGAACCCGGCCUAGACGAGGUAGUGACGGAAGCCCGUGGCCGAAAUCUGUUUUUCAGUACCAAUGUCGACGAUGCGAUUCGUGAAGCCGACAUGGUUUUCAUCUCGGUAAACACGCCGACCAAGACCUAUGGAACAGGGGCAGGUCAGGCCGCCGAUUUGAAAUGGGUGGAAAGAUGCGCCCGCCAGAUAGCAGAAGUCGUCGAGCACGACACGAUUAUUGUUGAGAAAUCAACGGUCCCCAUUCGGACAGCGGCAAUGAUCAAGAGUGUACUUCGUGCCGGUGGCAAGGCCGAUAAAGUAAAGGUACUUUCCAAUCCCGAAUUUUUAGCCGAAGGCACCGCUGUAAAAGAUCUCAGCGAACCCGAUCGAGUCCUGAUCGGGGGAGAGGAUCAAGACGCUAUCCAAAAGUUGGUCGAUGUCUAUGCUAACUGGGUUCCGAGGGAGCGGAUUUUGACGACCAACCUGUGGUCAUCCGAGCUAUCCAAACUGACCGCCAAUGCUUUUCUCGCCCAGCGAGUGUCGUCGAUCAAUUCGAUCUCCGCUUUGUGCGAAAAAACCGGAGCCGACGUGUCCGAAGUCGCCCGUGCGAUCGGCACAGAUAGCCGAAUCGGUCCGAAAUUUUUACAAGCUUCCGUUGGCUUUGGUGGGUCAUGCUAAAAGGAUAUCCUGAAUUUGACCUACCUCUGUGAUUACUUCGGUCUACCUGAGGUCGCUAAUUAUUGGAAGAGCGUCAUCGACCUGAAUGAUUGGCAGAAACGGCGUUUCGCAGAAAAGAUCGUAAAGACGCUUUUCAAUACCGUAGCGGAUAAGAAGAUAGGCAUUCUUGGCUUCGCUUUUAAAAAAGACACCAAUGAUACUCGUGAAUCAGCCGCGAUCUAUGUGUGCCGGGACCUGUUAAUCGAGCAGGCGAAUCUCGCGAUUUACGAUCCUCAGGUGUCGAUGGAACAAAUUUUGACCGACUUGGAAUAUGUCGGAAUCGACGAUGCGAGACAGCGUGCCAAAGAGGGAAAAAUCACCAAAGUAUCGUCAUCUGAAGCGGCGAGUGAGGCGCAUGCUUUAGCAAUUUUAACUGAGUGGGAUGAAUUUCGGGAUAUGGAUUAUUCUGGGAUUUUUAAAACGAUGUUAAAGCCAGCUUUUUUGUUUGAUGGACGCAACAUUGUUGACCGAGCGAAGGCUCAAGAGAUCGGUUUCGAUGUGUAUUCGAUCGGAAAAGCCGAUCAUCAGGGUGCCGAGUGGGAAGUUCGAUAA